AUGGCUGGAGUAGAAGUGUUCCCUAAAGAAUUUGGCUAUGUAGCUUUUGUUCUUGUUGCUUAUUGCUUUCUCAAUUUCUGGAUGGGAUUCAAAGUUGGCUCAGCUCGGAAGAGAUACAACGUCCCUUAUCCAACCCUUUAUGCCAUUGAAUCAGAAAACAAAGAUGCAAAGCUCUUCAACUGUGUUCAGAGAGGGCAUCAGAAUUCACUGGAAAUGAUGCCUGUGUUCUUUUUGUUGAUGGUGCUAGGAGGGAUUAGGCAUCCUUGUACUUGUGCUGCUCUUGGUUCUCUUUUCAUUGUGACUCGGUAUUUCUAUUUCACUGGCUAUUCUACUGGAGAUCCUAAAAACCGCCUCAAUAUUGGGUUUGUUCCCUUUCCCUCUUUCUCUCAACGUUUGCCAUAUUCUAUCUUGAUUGAAGAUGUAGAUCAGAUUAACAAGGGAAUGGCUAGCAUGAGACUUGCUCAUACUAGCACCAAUGUUUUAGCUAUUGAUUGUGUUGAAAAUUCACUCAUACGCAUUCUCUUGGUUUGGAAAUUAAUGUUAACGAUUUCUCUUCAUGUACAGGAAAUAUGGGUUCCUGGCUUUGUUGGGGCUUAUGGGGUGCACAAUUUCAUUCGGCAUCAGUCUUCUCAGAGGAUAGUCCUUUUCUGUUAUGUUCUUUACUUCACUUGUGGCUAUGUUCUUUACUUGACUUGUGGUUUUGCUUUCCUGUAA